AUGACUAAGUCGAUAUAUGUGAUUUCGCCUAAUGGGCAGCAGCAAUGCGCUGGUGAAUACAUGCGCAUGGCAGUUACUGCAAACGGCCAUUCAGUGUGGGAGCAGAAAGAAGGCAGCUUCUGGAUGUAUACAGGUUCGAAUGGUAUGUGGAUUGUAGGUGGACGAGAUGCAAAAGAGAAAGACUUCAAGUGCUCCCACGGCUUGAUCUUCUGCAGAACGGUGCAACCGGAUAAGGCUGAGGUGCCGCCCGAUAAGAUUACUGGCGUUUGGGAAAGGCUAAGCGGUGAGCACUUCAUCGAGGAUCCUAGCAUUGUUGUCACCAGUGUGCUGCAUAAGCCGUCACCGCUCCGGGUUGUGAGCCCGAACGGACAGCAGAGGUGUGCAGGCGAGUACGUAUUGAUCCCUGACUGCACUGCGAACGGCUUGCCCGUUUGGGAGCAAAAGGCUGCAAGGUGUUAUUUGUACUGUGGGACCAAUGGAUCUUGGAUCUUGGGUGGUUCUGAUGCCAAGGAGAAAGGUUUCAAAUGUGCAAAAGGCGUCAUGUAUUCCAAGCGGACCAGCGGAGGCGUGAUGCCAGACAAGGUCGGUGGAGUUUGGCUCCGCCUUCACGGGGACAAAUUUCGAGAAGACUCUGCCAUCACCGUCACCAUGAAGCCGUCACGGCUCUACGUGCAGACCCCCCAUGGCCAGCACAGGUGUUCGGGCGAAUUCGUGCCAUCAGUGGAUCGCAUGGCAAACGGCUUCCCGCUUUGGGAACACACCGGUGGCAAGUGCUGGCUCUACUCAGGCAGCAAUGGAAUGUGGAUUAUUGGUGGCACAGAUGCUGCGGCCAAAGACUUCAAAUGCACCCGUGGGGUCAUCUAUUGCCAGGCAGUGCACAACGGUCAGAUGCCCGAUAAGAUGGUCGGAAACUGGUUGCGGCUGGAUGGUGACAAGUUUCGGGAGGAUGCAGCCAUCCUGGUAAGCACCAAGCCUCCGAGUUUGUAUGUCUUGUCGCCAAAUGGCCAGCCAAAGUGCGGUGGAGAGUAUGUACUUGCUGGUGAACGAUGUCACGGCCAGCCUACAUGGAAGCAAAGGCGAACAGAGUUACGGAUAUCCUCCGGGGCUGAUGGUUGCUGGACGGUGGCAGCUGGACUGCCAAAGGACGGACUGGGCUCUGAUAAGCCGUUGCUGAGAUGUGACCAACCUCACCUCGGGGAAACCCCUGAUAAGGUGGUUGCCUCCUGGAGCCGUUUGGAUGGUGAGGACUUGGUGAAGGACGACCAGAUCAGAGUAUCCUCAACCUCCUCGCUUGGAAAGCCCGUGAAGUUGCACGUGUCCACGCCCAAUGGGCAGCAGAACUGUGGCGGGGCCUACUUGCUUGUGGCUGGUGAAUCCGCCAAUGGCAGCCCACUGUGGAAGCAGAUGGGUGGGAAAUAUUGGCUCUACUCAGGAACGAAUGGCUUGUGGAUCAUCGGAGGUAGUGGAGCAAAGCGAAAGAACUUCGAUUGUUCACGUGGAGUCAUUUACUCGCAAACACCUCAUGGAGGCCAACUGCCGCACCAGGUCACUGGGGCCUGGCUGCGCUUGCAAGGUCAGGAGUUUGUGGAGGAUGGCAAGAUAAGCAUUGUCCAGUGCGAAGCAGUGGAGGAGGAUUUCCCCAGCAUCCUUGAGCUGGCCAGACAGGUUGCUGAGGAGCCUGAUGCAUUUCUUUUCGAUGAGGACUACACGAUUGAGGAGCUUGAGGCACUAUGGCUGCCUGAGCCCACCCAGAAAGCUGAGACCUUCGUGCUGGAGGCGAGCGACUUUGAAGGCAUUGUCGGAGUCUAUGUCCUCCAUCCUGCAGCACAUGGACGUGGAGCUCACAUUGCGCAUGGCCUCUACAUGGUUGCGAAGAAUGCGCGUGGUAGAGGUUUUGGGAAGUCAUUGUGCUUGCACUCUCUAGCAAGGGCACAGCACCGAGGAUACAAAGGUAUGCGAAUCAACAUGGUGGUGGCGACCAACAGCUCAGCACGCAGUGUAUGCGAUGCUUGUGGUUUCCAAGUGCUUUGCACUCUCCCAAGGGCGUUCCAGCAUCCACAGCUCGGACUGGUGGACGCCAUGCUGAUGUUCCAUGACCUGGAGCAGACUGCCUCACACAAGGAAGCCCCAGCGGUCGAUGCUGCGCCAAGACUGCAGAGCCGCAAGUCACUGCAGAGGGAGGAGGUGGAAGUUGGCAGCGAGGUUCAUAUCCGGCCGCGUCUCCAGCUGCCUCUGGGUUCAGGUAGCACAAAGCUUGAAGUACAGCCGGCUCUUCCGCUAGGUCUGACAUUAGAUCCUGCCUCGGGUGUCAUCGCCGGUACGCCAGUGUCCGUUGCUGAGGACACGAGAUAUUUCAUCAAGGCCACGGUGGCAGAGGUUUUGCUCAAGGUGAACGAUGUUCCAGAUGAUGAGCAAUGCGAGGACGUUGCCAUGUCCAUCAACGAGGACUUUGCUACUCGUGUGGAGUCCGUUCGUGAGAUUAGCGACAUGUUGCCUGAGCCCUGCAAGACAAGGGCUUAUGGUGACUGGAUGGUGUGGAUGGUCCACCGAGCCUGGCUGGACGACCCUUCCCUGACGGAUCUCAACUUUAGCAACAUGCACAUGCCACCACCACACGUCGAAAGACGAAUUGCUCCCAAGCUGAUGGAGGCCAUGGCAAGGAACACGCACCUCGAGAAGUUGGCGCUUUCAAACUCCAAUUUGCUGAAGGCAUCAGGAGUUCAGCUUGCCAGCGCCUUGCGGUCCAACUCAUCGCUGAAGACCUUGAACCUCGAGAGCAAUUGGCUGGACUCCAAUGCGGUCCGUGAGCUCGCUUUAGCCAUCAAGGACAAUUACAGCAGCAAGAUCGAAUGCCUGCGGUUUUCCCAUCAAAAGCAAAUGGGGCAGUUCUUCGGAAGGCCGACAGAGGAAGCAGUCGGACAAAUGAUGCAGAACAACGAUAAUAUUGUGAAGCUCGGUUUUGAGUGCGAUGAUGCGCAUUGGCGCAAUGAAAUUGAUCGAGCGCUGCUGCGGAACAACGACUCGUGGAGGAGACGACAAGCUCCUCCAGAUGAGGCUCUGCCAACAGCAGAGGAACACUCGCUAGGUCGCCUUCAUAUCGUAGACCCGCCCGAUGCUUCUGCCAACGAGGUUCUUGGCCGCUACGGGACCUUGUGUGACUAUUUGGAUCACAAUAAAAAGAUCCCAACCAGCUCGCAGCUGCAGAACAGCACCCGAAGUAACGGCCAGCAGAUUUCGUACGCCAAAGCUGCCCCCAUGAUCAAGGAGUUUCGAUCAUGGAUACUGGAUCAUGCUGUCAACAAGCUGGUGGAAAUUUUCGACAGCUUCGAAACAGCGACUAGCGGUGUCCUGCGCCGAUGGAGUUCCAGUCACGAUCAUUGGAUGGUGGAGAUUUGGGUUGAGGACAGAAGGUGCACUUUCCGUGGAUCCCGCGAGCCAGCUGUAUCCCUGUCUGAGCACUGGGUUGAGUGGCUUGGAUCUAGUAGAGGGCCAAGCGUGCGCAUUGGCCUGCCCGAGAGCCAAGCUGGUGCAUGA